GUCAGCGAGGGUUGUCUCUCUAGGGUGGUCGACAUGGGGAGGGCACAGCGCCGCCAGCAUGAGCCUGCCGCGGACCAUGUGCAGGACACAUUCAGGGCCCGCUCCCCUGUGUAUUGGUACCUGGUUGUCGGCCAGAAGGUCGACAACAAGGGGGUCAUGAUGCUCCGUUGCACGUUUUGCAACAAAGUUUUCCAAGGGACCCAAUUUCAGGCCACGAGGCACUUCACGCAGACAAACUACUGCAAGGACGUCAGCGACGAGGCGUUGUACGAGAUCGCGCGCCAUACUCAACAAAAGUUCGAGGCCGAUCAGAUGGAGAGGGUUGCCUGGUAUGCAGCGGAGCGCGGACUCGAUGUGCCCGACAUGGGUGGUGCAAGGGGAGGAGAGGCGGGGUGGCAUCCGGUGGAGGGAGGGGUCGGGGGAGAUGGUGGGCAUGAUACGCCAGACCCCCCUUUGGGGGGUGGAGGCAGUGAGACGGAGGAGGCCGUGAUCCACAUCGAUCGGGAGGCGCGUGGCCCGUGCAAAGAGGGAGUCCCGGAACACGAGGACGUGCCAGAGUUUUAUCCAGGCACUGGGGAGAGGUUGGGGGACUGGCGGAGGCGAGCAGGCAAGGGAGCUGCAACUGAGGGGUCUUCCAAGAGGAAGGAAGGAGGAAGUGAUCCGGCUGCCACCCCAACAGGAAAGAAGCUUCGCCAGCAGAAAGUGACUGAUGUCUACGGUGGCGAGUGGGUUGCUUGCCACAAGAAGGCAUUCCUUUGUUGGCUCUAUUCCAACGGGGUCUCCUUCAAUGCCUUCCGCAACCAGGCUUGGAAGGCAUAUCAACAGGUGCUUCUUGAGCAGCGUGGCAGUUCCCCGCGCGCCGUGCUCCCCAACCACUGCCAGAUUGCGAGUAUGCGGGCGGUGGAGACCCACCGUGCGGAGCUGGCGGAGGAGUUGGAGGAGGUGAGGCAACCAUUCUGGGUGACUGGUGCCACCCUCCUCUUGGAUGGGAGGAAAUCACGAGACGGGAGACCGAUCGUGAAUUUCCUUGCCGCUGGCGCGCAAGGGGUCGUCGUGUACACGACGAUCAAUCGAGAGGAUGAACGAGACGCACGAGGAGACGAGGGCAUACACUGCACGACGGGCGGCGGACCGGGCGGAGAGGGAGAUGCUGGGGGAAGAGGAGGACUUUUGGGGCCCAUUUGGGGAGCUCGCUUCCACGGGCGGCCCAGAGGCGCAGGCGAUAACUCCCACUCCGACGAGGCGGGAGUCGUCCAUGCCGCCACCUCCUGCUCCGAGUCCUGCACCACCAUCGCCCAUCUCGCCACUUCAGCCGGCCAUGGCAACGGCGGACAGGGAGAAGUUGGGGUCCUCUUUGCCUCAGCGCGGACUUCUCCACAGAGGCGGGGCAGUCCGCCAGUUGAGGUUACGAUCACCUUCCCCGGGGAUAUUGCAGGAGGAGGGGGCACUGUCGGCAACAGUGGAGGGGCAGGUGGCAUCAGCGGAGGUGGCGGACGCGACGCUCGCAGCCUCGGUGGACGAGAUAGCAGCAGCAGCAGCAGCAGCAGUGCUGGAGGAGAAGGCAGCAGCAGUGCUGGCGGAGGAGGCACCAACGGAAGGAGGAGCAACAACAGUGGAGGGGCAGGUUGCAGCAGCAGGAGGAGCAGCUGGAGGAGCAGCAGCAGUGGAGGUGGAGGGGGCAGCAACAGUGGAGGAGGAGGAGGCACCGUCGGCAGCUGCAGUGGAGGGGGGGUGCCAGGACCAGUGGAGGAGGAGAUAGCCGCACAGGCGGAGGUGCAGCUUGGGGGCAAUGACGAGCGCCUCAUGCAGCAAUUCCACAUGGAGGAGCUCGAUCCGGUCAUAGCGGGUAUGACCCCAGGUGUGGCGAGGGGGGUUGGGAUUUUUGAUUCGGAGAUGGAGACCCACUUAGACUUUGAUUUGUCGAUGGGCCUUCCACCUAGAUGCGACGGGGCAACAUCGACGGACCGGGCUCCAUCGAGGGACGAGGCGGCAGGACAGACUUUGACGCAGGCCGUGAGAGAGAGGACGACGACUGAGUCUCCAGAUGCAGCACGCGACAUCAUGGAGCGAGAGAGGGCUCGACUUUUGGCAUCGAGUAACCUGCGUGCUCAGGCGUUCGCACGGGCCUUAGAGGAGGCCAGGCUUCGAGAGACAGGGGGGGAUUGUGUGCAGGGUGGGAUGGUGGCGGGGGAGGACGUUACGGAGGGAGUAACAGCAGAGGCGGUCGAUGAGGCUAUGCCGGGUGGAGCAGAGGCAGUGGAGGUUGCUGUGGAGGGACGGCCAUAGGCGGUGGAUGAGGCUGUGCAGGCAGGACAAUGGCGAGUCGAUGGGGCUAUAGACGCACGACGCGU